AUGGAAAUCGCCCCGGUGGUAUUUCGUUACGGGCAGCGGCAUUACAACGGAAAUGCGAGGGAAUACUUCAACGAAGGAACUGUCCGGUUGUUCUGUAGCCAAGUGGUAUGUACUAUUGCCGAUCUACUUGAGGUCGAGGUGGAUCCGGUCUGCAUCGAAGCCUGGAUCGAAAUGAUGCGUUACGUUGGCUCCAAACUCCUCGACGGUUUUAACUAUGAGCGGAUGCGUCAGAAGAAACUAACUGUAAAUACCAGUGAUCAUCCCUUCUACAUGCUCUAG